GUUAACACACUGUUUUUACGUUAUCUAUACGAAUUUAGCGAGAUCACUUGUGGUCCUUUAAUUUGUUCAUUCACUUUCGUGUAGGUUGCAAACUAUUGUUAUUUCAAGAUUACAAGUGGACCAAAACAAACAAAAAACAACAACAAAGCGGUAGCAAAUUUCACGUUAGUCAUGAAUACUUAACAAAUUGAGAGAAUUUUCUGAAUAUGGCAACGGUACACAACAACACUACAGAAAAGGCUUCUCCAUCUAACGAGGAAAACGCGCUGAUAUACGAGCGAAACUCACUCCACAACCAGCCAAAUCCCGAACGCUGAGGCAGGGGACGCUUUACAUUACCGGGGCAAUAAAUCGACUUGUUCCCGUGAAUAAAAAACGCGCGUAAGCAAACGCAAACGGAAAAACAACAUGAAAUCAUCGUUGAACAAUCUGUUCAACCGUCGGGACGACGAGCCGGCAACGUCCCUGCAGGUGAUAAUUUACGGUGCCACAUCGUUUCUGAUAGUGUCCCUGCUCGGUUUGCUCAUAUAUAUCACCUGCUCCAAACGGUACCGGCUGAACUGGUUUGAGAAAAAUCUGCUGGAAACGGCAAAGGAAACUAGCGGUCACAGACAAGAUGGUCGUUCCAGUUGUCCAAUAUCGUACAAUGUUGACGCAAUACCCGGUACUUCACGAUACCUCAACCGUAACAAUAAUAGUCCGCUCACCAAGGCGGACACUCCUCCCUUCUGGGCCUCAGAAGGACUGUAUAAAACCAACAGCAGCAACGGUCAGCUCAUUGACUCAUCCGACGAUGAUGCCCCUGAGGAUAGUGCGGAUUCGUCAAGUAGCUGUAAAUCCGUCAUAGUGGUAGGCUCGAUUCCGAUUGCCCGUACCGAAAAGCACGUGGUGCUGAGUACGACCAGUCCUGCGAAACCCACAACCUCCACAGUGAAAGCUAAAAACAAUCAAAACGGUGAAAUGGCAGAGGAAGUGGUGGAUGCCACCAAAACGAAAAGGAGCUCUCAGGUCAAACUGGAACUCGGAGAUGAUGCGCGAGGGGCUAUUCAUCUGACGCUCAACUAUGACCCCGGUGCCGGGAUUCUAAACGUGAAGCUCCUUGAAGCUCAGGACCUACAGCCGCGUGACUUUAGCGGAACGGCUGAUCCGUACGCAAAAAUAAGACUGCUUCCAGAUCGUAACAACAUGUGGCAAACUAGGAUACACAAGAAAACGCUGAAUCCAGUAUUCGAUGAAGAUUUCGUAUUCGAAGUGCGUCCCGCUACGGUGGGUCGGAGGGCUCUCGAAGUGAUUCUUUUCGACUUUGAUGCCUACUCACGCCACGUGGUUAUCGGAGGAACGCAACUUGCGCUGGCGCACGUUGACCUAUCGGAUCGGAUAGAUAUGUGGCGACCUCUGGGGCCGUGUACUGAGGCAGAAACCAAACAGGAUCUAGGAGACCUCAUGGUAUCGCUAUCAUAUCUUCCAUCAGCCGAAAGGUUAACCGUAGUUAUAAUCAAAGCCAGAAAUCUUCGAAUCAUCGACGAAACACGGAACUCUUCGGAUCCGUACGUCAAAGUUUCACUGUACAACAUCGAUGGCAAACGACUGAAAAAACGAAAGACAACCGUGGCUCGGAAUACAGUUUCCCCCGUAUUUAACGAGGCACUUUCGUUCGAUAUUGCUAGGGAUGCUUUGAAGAAUUGCUCCAUCGAACUGCAAGUUCUUCACGACAGUCUACUAGGCAAGAACGAAGUUCUAGGUAAAGCCAUUGUUGGGAGUGGUCCUGACGCUAGAUCGGAAGAUCGCGCCUUUUUCGACGAGUUGUUCCGGAACAGAUCGGCCACUGCACAAUGGAUUACACUGACAGAUUGGAAGUCAUCGAAGCCUAUGGUUGACAAGUAGGUCCGUCGACGAAUGGUUUGCUCUUAUUCUACGGGAACGUCCAGUGUACCUUACUCUACAUACAUAUAUAAUACUGUUUGUUAACCAACCAAAUCUAACAUAAAAAUUGUUAUUAAAUGUUCUUAAUCCAUUUACGUAUCAAUGUGAUGAAAGUGCAAACGGUUUUACAGCGAUUAGUUUUGGAACAUAAUCGAGAAAGUAUUUACUGUAGUUUAGGCCCUCUGUAGUCAUAUUUACUUUAAAGCUUAUAAAGUGGUACUAUUCUCACACAUCUAUCUAAGCUAUAUUUAGUUUUUUAUUCUUAAACACACAACAGAGUCGCUAAAAGGUUUAUCUAUACACAUAACUGUAAUCUAUAUCAAUUUACACCAAGAUUAAUAAAACAAAAGCAGUUUUAUCAGGAUACUAUAUUGGGAAAGAGUCUGUAAGCUGUUUAUGGAAUCGAAAUGAUCAGUGUAGAAGUAACAUAUAUAUACA